AAUUCCUAUUGGUGCAUAUGAAAAAGUUCCUGACAGGUAUAAAAAUGUGAAUAAACACUUGGCUCAGCCAUUCUGGUAGAUUACUUAGUUCUCUCUACUUCCAUCUCUUCUGCAAAAAGGGUAUAGAUUUGAUCGAAGAAGAUGGGUAGGCUUUUUUUAAUCACUCUUGAAGGCAACAUCUAUAGUUGCAAACACUGUCACACCCAUUUGGGUCUUGCUGAUCACAUUAUUUCUAAGCUGUAUACAAUCUCAGGCAUGUAUCCUCACUCGGCCUUUCACUCUUUUCUCCAGACAUUCCAAUGCAGGCAUGGGAGGGCUUACCUCUUUGAUCGAGUUGUGAAUGUUACUCUUGGAGAGAAAGAAGAGCGGAUGAUGCUGACUGGAAUGCACUCUGUUGUUGACAUAUUCUGUGUGGGAUGUGGCUCUAUUGUGGGGUGGAAAUAUGAAGCUGCGCAGGAGAAGAGCCAAAAGUACAAGGAAGGGAAAUUCAUCCUUGAGAGCUUCAAUCAAAUAUUUGCCCAAAUGCAUACCGAGUUAUUUUGGUUCUUCCUGCCAAGUAGGUUUAAGAUCUUGAGUCCAGAUGGAAGCAGCUAUUCAAUAAUUCAAGAUGCUCAGCUUGGAGGAAGUGAUACAGAUGAACCUUGAGUAACCUUCUGCUUCACCAUUCAUUAUCCCUUGAGAAUCAAAGAUCUAUUACAAUUGUAUAUCCUCUCAAUUUCUUGCCUUCGUCGACACAAGCAACCUCAAAUUGCUUUUAGUACAGAUGCAAGUAGCUUAUAUAGACAAGUUUUGCAGGAUCUUUUUAGAAUGGUCAAUUACAAUACUUUUUAGUUUCUCUGGUUUUCC